UGGACAAAUGGCAACAUCUGGAUUAUUUGUUGUUUUGCAGGUGGAGCUAACAGGAAGCAGUGUGUUUGACUACGUCCACCCUGGUGACCACGUGGAGAUGGCAGAGCAGCUGGGCAUGAAGCUUCCUCCGGGCAGAGGCAUGUCUCUGUCCCAGGGAGCGGUCAGUGAAGACGGAGCGUCCUCAGCGUCAUCAUCCUCGCACUCUGAGACGCCUGAACCAGUAGAGUCCAGCAGUCCCAGCCUCCUGUCUCCUGAUAACUCUCUGGAACGAUCCUUCUUCAUCCGGAUGAAGUCCACUCUAACAAAGAGAGGUGUGCACAUCAAGUCCUCAGGAUAUAAAGUGAUCCACAUCACAGGGCGUCUGCGGAUCAGGAUGGCUCUGACGCACAGCCGCUCGGUGCCUAAUCAGAUCAUGGGAAUGGUGGUGGUAGCUCAUGCCCUCCCACCGCCCACAAUUAAUGAGGUUCGCAUCGACUGCCAAAUGUUUGUCACCAGAGUCAACAUGGAUCUCAAGAUCGUCUACUGUGAGAACAGAAUCAGUGAUUACAUGGAUCUGACCCCCGUGGACAUUGUAGGAAAGAGGUGCUACCAGUUCAUUCACGCGGAAGACGUAGAGGGGAUCAGACAGAGUCACCUGGACUUGAUGAAUAAAGGUCAGUGUGUGACAAAAUAUUAUCGGUGGAUCCAGAAGAACGGUGGUUACAUCUGGAUCCAGUCCAGUGCCACCAUUGCUAUUAAUGCCAAGAAUUCCAGCGAGAAGAACAUCAUUUGGGUCAACUACGUCCUCAGUAAUCCUGAGUAUAAAGACACACCCAUUGACAUUGCCCAAUUGCCAAAUCUUCCAGAGAAAGCGUCUGAGUCCUCCGAAACCUCCGACUCUGAGUCUGAGUCCAAAGAGAACUCAGACAAUGAAAAUACCAAGUCUGAGGGAAAGCCAGGCCACCAAGCAGAACACAGAGAGGAUCCAGAAACAGACAGCAAACGUCAGCAGCAACCAGGCCAAUCACAUUGCUCAUCCGAGGAAAUGAAGAACCAUGAUGACGGAGACAGUUCAAGUAACCCUGAAAGUCAGGACAGUGAUGACAGCCUGGAGCCCUCAGAUGGGGAGCAGGAACAGGAGCAGGAGGUGGUCCGAGGAGAGGGGGGAGGACUGGAAGGCAGAUUGGGAAGAUUAGCUGGACUGGGAGCGCUGGAGGGACUCAACACCAUCAGUGGACUGGGUAGUUUGGGAGGGCUCCAUAUUAAGGUAGAGCACUAUGGAGAAGGAGAAGAAGAACUCCACAACUCACAAAUGUCUUCAUCAGAGGACGACGAAGAAGAGGAAGAUGAGGACAUUGAUGAGGUCGCUGAUGUAGGAGUACAAAAAUGUGAUGAUGCCAGUGCUGGCAGCAAGCUCCAGAAAAGGCGGAAAAGGAGAAAAGUGCAAAAAUGGGAUGGAACACGAAGCAGGAGGCUUUGUCUGUCCACAACUCCCCCCAGCCCAGCAGCAAUAGGCGACUCUACACCACAGGCCAAUCCCUCAGGGGCCACCUCCAUCACUCCCACACCGCUUCUAACUUCGUCCAACUCCCCAAACAGCACAGGAACCACAUCCUCUGUUCUUAAAAUCAAGACAGAGAUGGCAGAGCCUAUAAACUUUGACAAUGACAGCAGCAUCUGGAACUACCCACCCAACAGAGAGAUUUCCAGAAAUGAGUCUCCAUAUAGCAUGACCUCCAAGCCUCCUGCUGCAGGGAGUCAGGAGACAUUCCCUUCCCCACAGGGUGGCUCUCUACAGGUAGCCAUCCCUGACUCAGUCCUCACCCCUCCUGGACCCGAAGGGGCAGCAGGUGGGGUGAGAAAGCCUCCAUACAACGGAAACGCCGCCUCCUCCUCUUCUUCCACUGCUACGAGUUUAGCUCCUCCUUCCAACACUUCCUCCACUGACCCCCUUUCCCCUCCACUCUCUGCAUCCCCCCGGGACAAACAACAAGGUACUCCUACAACAUCCUCAAACUCUUCCUCAUCCUCCUCUUCAACUUCAAGCUCUUCUUCACUGCUGUAUUCUGGGGAUCUUGAAGCACUUCAGCGCUUGCAGGCUGGUAAUGUGGUCCUUCCGCUGGUUCACCGUGUCACGGGAACUCUGUCUUCUACCAGCACCACAACACCUCGUGUCUACACCACUGGGACCAUAAGGUACGCGCCAGCAGACGUCACUUUGGCCAUGGCACAAGGGAACCUCCUUCCCAAUGCUGCCAUGAACUUUGUGGAGAGCUCAGGGUUUGGUCUGGACCCUAAGACGCCUAUGGAGAUGCUCUAUCAUCAUGUCCACAGGCUAAACAUGUCUGCUGCAGCAGCUGCAGGCCCUUUUGUUGGAUCCCCAGCACCCACAGUUGGGAAUGGCAGCCUGGGUGGCCAGAUGUCAGCGACAGCUAACGUUUUCACCACAGCGGAGGGACUUUUCUCAACGCUACCGUUCCCCGUGUACAGCAACGGGAUCCACACUACGCAGACAACUCUGGAAAGAAAGGAGGAUUAAUGAAAUACAUCCAAGACCGCAUUACUGUGUUUAAAAAAUCAACAACUGUUUCUAACUCAAAGACUACUCAGUAGUAAAAAAUAGUAAGAAAGAAUUUAUCAACGUGGAGCAGCACUGUGUUUCCAAGAUGGAACAAAAGACAGGAACUGUCAAACGUACUCUUGCACUUUGAGCAAUUGAGGUUGUGAAAGACAUGGGUGGCCCUCACACACACACACACACAACCCUUUUCUAUUGAUUUUCUCUAUCACCAAUCUCUCUUUGCUUCCAUUUAUUGUAAUCAACAACUUUUUUUUCUUACAACAGAUGAACAAAAAAAAAGCAACGAUUCUUUACUGUAAAGAAUUCCUUUUUGCCUACAGAGAAUUCAUGUUGCCUAAGGAUUCCACUGGAGCCUGAAGGGGAUCAUUUUAUGAUAUCACUUGUUUUGGUUGCAUCUUUAUGAAGAUGUUGAUUGUGCAUACUUUCAGGAGGUUGGUGCAGGUAUUUGUGACACACUGAAAAUGCUGUGCCUCUCCUUCUUAUGUAUCUUGAUGUGAUCAAGGCUAAAGAAAAAGAGUUUUUAACCUGAGAGGAGAGGGCAGCUGUCUCAGAGAUAAUCUUUUCACAAAAGGUUUUUGCGAAUGUUUCUUGGUUGAGGGGACAGUAAUCGAUGCUUUUUCCUCUUCUAUUUCUUCCUUUUUAUGAAAUAUUCUAGCUCAGAUGUAACUUUGGAAUCAAACAUUAUACAGAAAAAGAAAAAAAAGCAAUUUCAGCCGGGUAACGACCUGUGAACUAUCGAAUGUUACUACAAGUUUCCUCAUUUAUCUGAGGAGUUUACCUACAGGUCUCAUACCAAACAUAACCUCCACUACAUCUACUCUCAUCUCAGUCUGUCGAGCUUUCGUACCUUCACUCUGCUUAUCUGACCUUUAACUUUCUGUCCACAUUUUUUCUGGUAAUUCUACAGAUUUGUGGUGCUAACAAACGUCCAGUUACCCAGAAUCAGCUGGCUGAUGUGGGUACUGUAAAUUCGGCCCUCCUGUCCUUCCCCCUGUUUGAUUAUUGUUCUUUUUAUUACUAACCUUCAGGAAUCUCAGAAUACACACAGCAAUGUGGAGCUGAUCACUAGAUGUUUAGGCUCUCUUCUGUUCUUUUUAUUCCUGUAUAUUUGAUAAGCGAGUCACUUUUAACUCUCAGUUAGACUGAGGCUAAAUACUUAACAUUGCUAACUUAAAAAAUGAAUGUUGACAACCUUGACAGGAUCUUGUUUUCCUGUUAUUUUGUUUGUUUUUGCUGUUCUCCUUUUCUUCCUGAACCAGAAUCACCUCCACAACAUUUUCCUCAACAAUCCACUCUCUUCCAUCCCAUCACCAGAACCUGUGAUUAAAAACUACAUAUCAACAAGGAGAUUGUAAUAAAGACAUGCAUUUUCAAUCAAUCUGUCAAACAAUCAAUGUACAACAGGAGUAAAGUGGGAUUUCCUUUAUUUAGAUGAACAAAAAAAGAGAAAAUCCCUCUUCUUUAAAAAAAAAAAAAGCUUUGUUUUUGCUCUGGUUGUGUCCUCCUUCCCCCAGCCUCUUUUGCCAAAAAAAAAAAAAGAAAUGCUAAGUUCACACAUUUGGUGUUUUAAAAGCACUGUGAUCCUUGCUCAUUUGUAAUUUUCCUCUACUUUUUUGGUAAAAAGAGAAAAAAAAACAUACUAAGUAAUAAAUCAAACUGUAAUAAGCUAUCACAGUGUCAAUCUUUUGAAAGUUGACAGCCCUGUCUUUACCAUCCCGUCAUCUUAUUACCCCGUGUGAUUAAGCCGUAAAAACGUGUUACCGAUGUGUUUAGUGUCACUGGCUGUCAAAACGUCUUUCAUGGCAACUUCUCUGUGUGUGUGUUGACUAUAUGCAGUAUAUACUGAGCUACUGUAGCUGUUUUUGUCCUUUGUCUUCUCUGUGCUCUAUCUCUAGUGUGGCGAAGGAGAGGAAGUGGCGUCAGAGGGAAAAAACUGUCAGCUGGAUGAAUUCUAAUCUAAACUCUGCGUCUCUGCUUCCUCCUCCUUCUCCUCCGUUUCCCUCUAUCUGCCGUCUUAGUGAAACCAGUGGAGGUUGUGGAAUUUCGUGUUUGGUGGCCUUUGCAAAAAAGAAAAAAAAAAACCACACCAGUAAAAAUUGGUAGAGUCCACCAUUUACUUUUUGCUGCUUCCUUUUUGUCUUUG